CUAGUAUACGUGACGGCGAAAAAUCGGAAGUCAGUGUAGUCGUGUAUUAUUUCCGUUAGAACUGUUGGAAAGGUUACACGUCAAUCACAUUAUAGGUACGUAUACGUAUACCAGAAUCAAACAUUGUUUUACUUAGGUAUUCUGAGAGAUUAUUUUUAAUAUUCAAUUCGAGUAUUUUGAUUAAUCAACAACAAUAGUAAUAUGGCUCUUUUACCACCUAACAAUGAACACAAAGAGGCGAUUAAGAAAUUAUAUUUCUUUAAGGAACCUGAGAAAAUCGAAGACGAUAUAGACGUUUUGAUCGAAUGGUUGUCUAAACAACCGCAUUUACCAAAUAUUACAGGUUUGUGAAUAUAUUUACAUUACUAAUAAUUUUUAUUUAAAAGUUCAAUCUUAAAAGAUCUUGGCAUUUUGCGUUCCUACUUUUUUCCGAUUUAUGUAGAUAUAACUUUUUUGAUUCCAUAAGAAUGCUCAACAAUUUAAAAAUUAAACCAUAAAUAAUAAAUAUAAGUAUAAAUUAAUACAGUUUUCAGUUUAAGUUUAUCAAACAGUAAUUAACCGAACUUUGAUCAAAAUCGUUAGCGUCAUACAAAAAUGCCAAAUUAAUUUUCUAUUAAUUAACUUUAAAAUCACUAGGUACUAAUACAAUUUUAUUUUUACCGUUUUAAAUAUUUAAUUUUAGUAGUAUUAUCUAUAUAAAUAUAUUAUACCCGAUUGGUUUAUAUUUUUUAUUGAUUAAGAUCAGUUAUUUAAUAAUACAACCAGAGAUGUGAAAAAAUAUAAAUAUGUAAUUUUUGCAUGUAUAAAUGUAUAAACUUGAUAUGAACUUUCUUCUAAUAGUAUUUAUCCAGUUGGUGCAUUGAGUAGGACAUUGUUUUUUUUUUUUUUUGGAUUUUCUUUGUAUUUUUCUUAAUAAAUCGGAACAACUGUCAAUGGUUUAUAUAUUUUUUGUUGAAUUCUGGGUUACGUAAUAAGCAACAAAAGGAACAAUUAUAUUAAUAAUACACUGAUGUAAAUUAAAUUACUCUAUUAAUAUUUAUAUCUUUUCUUCCUUCUUCCCACAUAAAAAAGUGUCAUACUCAUCAGCCUUUUUUUUGCGUUGUUAUUUAAACCCGUUAUUUAAAAAAUUAUAUUUGAUGGCUUUUUAUAGAUUGAACUCGAGGAAAGUAUAAUAGGUAAAAAGAUAAUUAUAUCAAUUUAAAAUUCCAUAAUCCACUACAUUUAACACAAUCUUUAGAAUAAAAUUGUUUUUAGACCAGGUAACAGUCAUUAUUAAUUUGGUUACAUAAACAUAAUUAGGUAGGUAUUUACAAUUUUAUACCUUAAAAUAAUCGGGAGCAUUCGGUUAUCAUUCAGCUAUCAUCUAUGAUCGUACUCAUCACUCAUUCACUCAUCACUUAUUUUAUCAUAUAAGGCCACAAAUAUAUAAUACAAAAAAAAAGAUAAUUUGUCACUGGACGAUAAAUCAUAAAACAUAAAAUAUAUUAAUUUAUUUGAGUUUACGAUAGUGCAAUAAAUAUUUUUUUAAAUAUCAUUAUUUACAUAAAAAGACGUACUGUCUCCCUCUUGUCUUAGUAGUAAAUAAGUAAGGGGACGUUAGAAAAUAAUAAAAUUAGUAGAGGAGUUCCGUCCCAUUGCACCCCCCCCUAGUUUAAGCACUGUUAUAAAUACGUACAGAAUAUUUUUAAAAUUUGACCACGUCUAUGACAAUAUAAGUUGUCUGUCAGAAUGUCCAGUAUCUACGAACAUUUUUAACUGAAUUAAAAAAAAAAAUGAAAUUGGUAGUGCCACGACGUGCCGUAAAUUUACUUCGUUUUUCCUACACGUUGUUAUGCGGUUUUCCCAAUUAUUUUUUAAAAAACUAAAAAAAUUACUGUAUCAGUCCUCGAUGUACCAACUAGAUAAAAAAUGAAAUAAAAAAAUGUCUCUUGUCAUUUUUCUAUUAAAUAAAGAUUUCUGGUAGAUAAAAUGCUCAAAAACAUACAUGCAUAAACAAAAAACAAAACACUAUGGUAAAAAUCAAUAGAUCCCUCCCUCCGCUCAAAAUUUAAGAGUAAAUUAACAAGUAUGUUUGAAAAAACAAUUUUGGUAUUAUGGUUACAACUUACAAUUAUGGUAUGCAAUUUAAUUAUUAGUUAUUAGGUUGUAGGUAUAUUUUUUAACGGACGUUUCUGCUUUGCAUUAUGGACCGAUAUACGUUAAUUUAUACAUUGAAGGCGUCGAUAAAUCAUGACAAUUAUAAAACGAUUCUGAGGGGAGUAUUAUUAGUUAAAUUAUUCGUGUUUCUUCUUUUGUAGCCAAGAUAACAUAAACAACAAUAGAAUAACAAAAAUAAAACGGAUGUAUUGACAUUUGCUAUCAGUUUUUUUUUUAAAUCUUUAGGAAUCUAUCCAUAUUGUUCAAAUAAAAUACCAUAUUUUAAGAUACUGCAUGAAAAGAGUCGUACUAUUUUAAAAGUGGAAAAGUAUCCGGAGUUGUUAAAAAUGUUUCAAAUAAAAUACCGUCAAGUGAAAACCCGCAUCUUAUAUAGUUCGAAAAAAUAACAAAUUUUAAAAAAAGUGAACAGUUUUUCUUCGCUACACUUAGAAUCUAAAAUUAAUAGAAAAAUCAUGUAUUUAUAUUUUUCUUUAACUAGGUGCUAUAUUCGUAGGUAGCUUUUAUUGCAAUCUGUACAUUUUAAUCAUCCUAUUUUAAGAAAAUGCAUUUUUAGAAUAAAAUUUAUUUAUUGUAUCGGUUAUGUUGAUGAAAAAGGUAUAGAUACACGGAAAUGAAAAUUGUAAUAAAAAAAAUAUAUCCGUUUCAAUGACAAAAUUAAUAUGAGAUUCAAGGUUAGUAAAAACAUACAACUUAGAUUACAUUCAAUAAUAAUAAAAACCAAUAGGUACUUAUAGGUACUAAUCACGAGCAUAUUGCAUAAAAAUGAGUUCAAAGACAAACAAUUAUAUUAGCAUUUAUAUUAGACUCUAAACGUAAUGAAGAAUUCAUUGGUUAUUCUAUGAUAUUUUUUUUAUGCAUUAUUUUGUGUCUAUGAACAACUUAGCAAUUUUUCUACCAGAAAUCUUGCUCUAAUCAAAAAAUAACACGAGACUUUUUUUGUUGAAUUUUGUGUCUAGUUAAUGAUUAAGAAAGUCGUGUUUUGAUUUCCAACCAGUUUUCAUUAUUUUACCAAUAUGAGAUAUUUACAAUUUAACGUAUCUACUAAUACUCUACGUAUUAUUAUUUAUUAUUAUCUGGUGAUACAACGGGAAAUCAAGAAUCAAUUAUUGCUUUCUUGAGAUAAUGUGCCGUUGCAAUAUAUUGUAAAUUUUAUUUUUUAAUUAUUUUUAAUGCUAAAAAUAAUAUUGAUACCUAAUUGGAAAAUCGUCUACAACAGUAACAGCAAGUAGGAAUGCAAUAAGGAUGUGAGCGUGUGCGUGUAAUUAUAUUUUAAAAUGUAAUCGAAUUGACAAUUGAUGGAAUACAAAAUAAUCAUAUUUAAAAUUGUAAUCACGUUUAUUCGAGGACACCUACGCUGCAGACAUCUUUUUUAAAUUAUCCAUCCAAUAAGUAGAUAGAUACCUUUAUAAAAUAUUACCGUAUAUGCCUAUUGCAAUAUGACAAACAAACAAAAUAACUUAUUGCAAUAAGUCGUGUUAUUGAUUGUACAAACUUCUAAGUAUUAACAAUCUGUCAUUGAUUUUUAUUUGUAUAAUUAUAUUUUGUUAAGACCGACAAUGGCUCAAACAUUUUCUUAUCGGACGGAAAAAUAAUUUGCCAAUGACAAAGAAAGUUAUUGAAUCCUAUUUUACUGUUCGUGAAGAAAUACCCGGACUUUUUAAUGACAUGACUAGUGAUGCUGAAUGGAUUCAAAGUGCCGUUAAAGUUGGGUAAGUGUAAAUAUUGUUAGUUGUUACAGUAUUACAUCUAUUUUGAACAUUAAUAACUCUCCGUCAAUUUCCAAGACAAUUUAAGCACAUUUUUUAAACGAUUUCAAUGGACCGGGACAAACGUUUGGUUUUUAUUUCUAUCUUUUUUUUUUGAAUUUGAAUUAAUUUUUUUAUUGCUUAAUUAUUAUAGCCACAUAUUUAUUUGUAAAUAUUUUAACACAAUUUAUUCAAAUAUAAUUGCUUUUUAUUGGACGAUAAUCUAAUCUUAAUAUUAUAAUGGUUAUAUCAAAUUUUUGUGCAAACACUUGUUUGUUUUGAAAAUUUGAUCUAUUUACAAUAAGCUCAUAAUAUGAAAGUAAAGAUUUUGGAAGUAACAAUUGACAUAAUAUUUAUUGCAUUAACCAUUCAUUUUAUUUCGUUUUAUGUUAAAUCUCUUACGUUAUAAUCUUUUAAGCGUGCUUGAAUAUUUAUUUUAUAAAUGCAUAGUUAAAUAUUAUUAUAAUUGUUUAUUAGAAAUUUGCUGUUGCACAACUAUCAUUGGGUUUACAAUCGUGUACACAAAUAAUAAAUAUAAUACACUGUACUGUCGGUCAAUUGGAUAUUCAUAAAACUACAGCAUUUUACACAUUUAUAUUAUUAUUAUUUUUUAUAUAGAAAACUUUCGUUACUACCGAAAAUGACACCGGAAGCAAAUCGUGUACACAUAAUUCGUUCUAUUGAAAACCGCGACGUGGAAUUUAAUGCUAUGGUGAUGUGUAAAGGGUCAUUGAAAACUAUUGAUUAUUUAAUGCGCCGUGAACCUAUUUAUGGAAUGAUUUUCUUGCUCGAUCUGAAAUAUUGUCAAUUGUCUUAUUUGCUAAGUUUCACGCCGUCAUUAACUAAAAAUCUAAUGCGGUGCAUAGACGUGAGUAUUAAUGAAUCGUAUGACGUAGGUAUAUUAUGUGAUUUUAAUACGCAAAUAAUUUAUCUGUUUUUAAAAUUGUUUAUUUGUCAUAAAAUUGAAAAUAAUACAUUUUUCUUUUUAAACCGAAAUUUUUAAUAUUAUUAUUAUUUGUUCGAAUUUAAUACCUAUUCUUAUAAUUACAUUUUUUAAAGUCUCAAGUUAAAUUAAAAUACGUGUACGAAUAAUUUCGAUCAAUUUACAAUUGAAUGCCCAAAGGUUUAAUAGGUAUUUAUUAUUGUAUUGGUUAAAAUUUGAUUGAGAUUAAUCGCGAUGUAAACAAAUCAUAAACUAAUAAAUAAUAAUGCCUGCGUGGUGUUUAGAUUAUAUUGUAACGGGCCCAAGGUAAGGAUGUAGACUUGGAAGAAAAAUGGUUGAAAGAAAUUAAACUCAAACUCGGUUUUACAAAUAAUUAAUAUUUCCACAUAAAAAUAUUACAAGUCCAGCAAUACAAUUCAAAACAUCAAAAAUAUUCCAAGACCAAUUAAAUUAAAUUCGCAUAAAAAUAUUACAAAUACAAAAAUAAUUCAUAAAACAGUGUCGCGAGGUUGCUCGCAUUCGAUCAUGGUGGACUCGUUUGGUUAGACGGUGAUCCGGGCUGCGUUCUAUAUGCAUGGAGGAACCCCCGCACCCCGUUGUUCGUAGUCACGGCUAUCUACAUUAUUUCGUUACUCUCGGUUUUUAUGUGUACCUGGAAAUUAAUUAUCUAAGCAUCAGUCACCGGUUUCACGCGUUUCGCUAUUUUUAUUAUGCUCGCCAUUAAAUUCGGUGUUCAAAUGAUGCACUUUAUUUUAUUGUAUUUUACGACGAUGUUGUUAAUUUUAAUUGACCUAGCCUAACCUCAGAAAUCUUAGUUCCCGGUUUUUGGUGUGGUCCCCUUUUGUGGCUAAGCCGAUGCGCACAUAAUUUACCCUAAUUAAUACGGGUUCACACGCGUAUACCUAUAAUAGCGUGUGGGCACGCAACAAUAUAAAUCAUGCCAUAAAUCAAAAUAAAUGUGAGUCAUUCUUUUUUCGCGUUUCAGGAAGCAACACCAUUGAGAGUGAGAGGUGUCCACUAUGUGAACCCACCAAAGUUCGUAGCUCGCCUAGUGAAUUUCUUCAAAAUAUUUAUGCCAUCCAAAAUUCAAGACAGGGCGAGUUGUAUUUUUAAUAAAAAAUUUAAAUACUUAAAUUGUUAUUGAUAAUAUUAUUAUGUUUUUGAUACACCUACAUAUUAUAUUAUUAUGUUGUACUGAUUGUGUGUAUUUCGCUUUAGAUUUGUGUUCAUGAGACUUUUGAUACACUUUACGAUUACAUUCCAAAAGAUGUACUACCAUACGAAUACGGUGGCACCGCGGGCAGCGUAGAAAAAUUCGAAAGUAAUAAUCCAAUAAUUAUCUACUAGAAAUAUACCUAUACUAUUGUAUCUAUUAUAUUCAAAUUUAGGGAAAUAAAUAAAUUUUAAACCUAAUACCUUUUAAAAUACCGAUUCGUUUAUACAGACGACUUUAUGGAAUCUGUGAAAGAGGACGACGAAUGGUACCGGAAUAUGCCUAGAGCUGAUUUAUCGAAACGACCAAUUAAGUCAAAAAACGUUGACAUGGAUAUGAGUGGAACGUUUAAGAAAUUAGACAUCGACUAACCGUAUACUAUCGGUUCGUAAAGAAGACACCCGCCGUCUAAAAACACUCUUAAAACUCGACAAUGGUUUUAAAUCUUAAUAAAAUGAUUUCUUGCUGAAAAUUGAUAAAAUAUUUUUGAUAACACGUUGUUCAGAUAUAGGUACAUUUUUUGUAAUUUUCUUUGUCAUAUAUUAGGUACCUAUAUUUAUUUGUUUUUACUCGUGUAUGAAAAUCAUUACUAUAUUGUAUAAUAUUAAAU